UGGGCUAGAUCACAAUUUCUUGGGUUUUUUAUGGAUAAAACACUGUCAAAAACUUCAAGGGGUUAGACCACUAGAGCUUUCUUUUUUGGGGGCCUUGACAUAUUUUUCGCAAUUAUCAAAUACCAGAGUCACAGGCGAAGCUUGCAGACGAAAUAAUGGAAUCUUGGAUCCUCGUCCUCCUCUCUCUGACCCUCACCCUCUCUCUCCCCUUCCUCCUAUCCAAACUCAAUCCCAAAGCUCCUUCUCUUCCUCCCGGACCAUCAACCAUAGCCUUCUUUGCUAAAAACAUAAUCUUUAAAAAGAAAUCUCUGUUCGAGCUCGAGCAAGUCAUCCAUGACCUCCACAAAACCUAUGGCCCUAUUAUGUCCCUUCGAACUCCCUCUCAUCCAAACAUCUUCAUCGAGGACCGUGAGAUCGCCCACCAAGCCCUGGUUCAGCUUGGCUCGGCCAUCGCAGACCGCCCUCCGCUUAAAGAGCCUAUGAUUUACCUAACGUGCAACGGACAUGACAUAAAUACAUCACCGCAUGGCCCUCUAUGGCGCUUACUCCGACGCAAUCUCACCUCGGAGAUGCUCCAUCCCUCUUCCGUAAAGAAAUUCGCCCCAGCACGCAGUUGGGCGUUUAAACUACUUGUCAGCAAACUCAACGCUCGAGGAGGAGAGGAAGAGGAAGAGGAAGAGGAAGAGGAUAGAGAGAACGAAGUGAUACCCGUGAAGAAAUUUAGCUUCACAAUGUUCUGCUUGCUCGUUGCCAUGUGUUUUGGGCAGAAACUCGACGAAGAGGAGAUCGAAGAGAUAAGGGAUAUCCAGUACUCUCUGCUAUUCCUCUUCGUCAGGUUCAACCUUUUUGCUGUUCUUCCGAGGGUUAUGAAGGUUUUGUUCCGCAGGAAGUGGAACCAGAUUGUAGGGAUUAGGAGGAGACAGGCGGAGAUCUUCAACCCCUUGAUAAGGGCGCGGAAAGAACGGAAGCUCAAGGGGGACAAAGGAGAGUUUCUUCCAUAUUGUUAUGUUGAUUCCCUUCUCGAUCUAGAGAUCCCUGAAGAGGGGGGGAGGAAGCUCAGUGAGGAUGAGAUAGUGAACCUGUGUCACGAGUUUCUCAGCGGAGGCACCGAGACAACAUCGGCUGGAUUGGAGUGGAUCAUGGCCGAGAUAGUGAAACAUCAGGAGGUACAGAGGAAGCUAGCAGAGGAGAUUGAGAGGGUGAUACCUGCGAACGAGGAGAUCAAGGAGGAAGACUUGCAGAAGAUGCCGUAUCUGAAGGCGGUGGUCGUGGAAGGGCUGAGGAGACACCCGCCAGCUCAUUUCAUACUGCCUCAUAGAGCGGCACGGGAUGUGAAAUUGAACAAUUAUUUGAUACCGAAAGGAUCAGAGAUACAUACCAACGUUGUUCAACUAGGGUGGGAUGAGAAAGUGUGGGAGGAUCCAAUGGAGUUCAAGCCGGAGAGGUUUAUAAAAGGAAAUGGUGAUUUUUCUGACGAAGUAGUGGAUAUAACGGGAAGCAGGGAGAUCAAGAUGAUGCCUUUUGGUGCAGGGAGGAGGAUAUGUCCUGGUUAUGGGCUUGCCAUGUUGCAUUUGGAGUAUUUUGUAGCGAAUUUGGUGAGGAAGUUCGAAUGGAGAACAGCGGAAGGACAAGAGGUUGAUCUAACCGAAGGAUUUGAAAUCACUACCGUCAUGAAGAAUCCCCUUCGUGCUCAAAUUUUCCAUCGAGGGAACAAGUAGAUGAAUCGUCGAAAUCCCUGGAGAUGGCGAUCUCUGUAUCAGAUUCUGAGAAUAUUGAAUCCUACACUUCGAAAUAGAGCAGUAUCUACUAAGUGUCUGUAUAUCAGACUGAGGUGAUGUACAAAUAAUGAUUUGCAGAGAAAAUGUGCUAUUUAUAGUUAA